CCUUGUCGCGAGUUGAAGCGGCGAAUUAAUAGAGCAGAGUGAGUACUUUGAAGUGUCGGAAGUUUCAUUCGAAGUGUAAGCAGAGGCUCGUUCACCUCAAUUUGUAUGGUCCUGGGAAAAUGUUUUCUCUCGCAACUGCGUUCCAGCCGCAAAUAAGUGUUCCACUUGGCCACCUUAUUGGUGCCUUUCAUUCUGUGAAGACCUCAGCCAGUGCUUCAAUCCAGAGUCUGCAGAGGGACUCGACUCCAGAGCAUGAGCUGCUUAUCACUGAGCCUACCUUGAGCCUGCGGGACCUUGGUUUGACAGACCUGAGGCCCACUUGUCUCAAUGAGCUGGUGAACAGACUCUUGCCCAGCUUUCCCCCUGAGCAGCGCCCCAGAAGCAUCCCCUCCUGCAGCUGGAAGGCCUCGCACAUCUCUACAGAAUCCUUCUUUAAGAACAAGCAUGGAUUCGCCCCCAGGAGUAUCCAUAAUUUUGGAUCUGCGGUUCUCUGCAGGCAGAGAACUUCACCUUUGCUGGAGACCUGUUCAGAUCUUCAGCACCUGUCAGGCUGGAUCCAAAGACGAGGCUUUAAGACCCUGAAAUCCAGAACCAGGCGCCUCCAGGCUGGGUAUGAAGUCCCUACAGAAUCAGAGGGCUAUACUCCAGGCUUUAUGAAGGGACUCCUUCUGAGGGAUAAGGCUCCAGAGGCAGAGGGUCUAGAUAACAUCAUCCAGAGCAAAAACCUCCCAGAAGCCCAACAGGAUGCCUUCAAGACAGGCUUCACAGAAGGCUUCCUAAAAGCUCAGGCACUCACCCAGCGGACCCAAGACUCUUUGCGGAGGACACGGCUCGUUCUGCUUGUCCUGCUGCUGGUGGGAAUCUACGGCCUCUCAAGGACACCAUUUUUAUCGGUGAGAUUCCGAACAACAUCAGGAUUAGAUUCUGCAGUGGAUCCCAUCCAAAUGAAAAAUGUCACCUUUGAGCAUGUAAAGGGUGUGGAGGAAGCUAAGAAUGAACUGCAGGAGGUGGUAGAGUUCCUCCGAAACCCACAGAAAUUUACCGCACUUGGUGGAAAGUUACCUAAAGGGAUUCUCCUUGUGGGUCCCCCUGGGACAGGCAAGACACUGCUGGCACGUGCUGUGGCUGGAGAGGCCGAUGUCCCAUUUUAUUAUGCCUCUGGCUCUGAGUUUGAUGAGAUGUUUGUUGGUGUUGGGGCCAGCCGCAUCAGGAACCUUUUCAAAGAGGCAAAAGCCAAUGCACCAUGUGUCAUCUUCAUCGACGAACUGGACAGCGUUGGUGGGAAGAGAAUUGAGUCUCCUAUGCAUCCAUACUCCAGACAGACCAUUAACCAACUUCUGGCUGAGAUGGAUGGGUUUAAACCAAAUGAAGGAAUCAUCAUCAUUGGGGCCACAAACUUCCCAGAGGCUCUUGAUAACGCUCUGGUCAGGCCCGGCAGAUUCGAUAUGCAAGUCACGGUCCCCCGGCCAGAUGUGAAGGGGCGCACCGAAAUCCUCAACUGGUACCUGAAGAAGAUCAAGGUGGCUUCCACAGUGGAAGCAGAGAUCAUUGCAAGGGGGACAGUCGGCUUUUCUGGGGCAGAGCUGGAAAACCUGGUCAACCAGGCUGCACUGAAAGCGGCAGUGGAUGGCAAGGAUAUGGUCACCAUGAAGGAGCUAGAAUUUGCCAAGGACAAGAUCCUCAUGGGCCCAGAACGCAGGAGUGUACAGAUAGAUAAGAAGAACAAAACCAUCACAGCUUACCAUGAGUCUGGUCAUGCCAUUGUAGCAUACUACACCAAAGAUGCUAUGCCUAUCAACAAAGCUACUAUAAUGCCUCGUGGACCUACCCUUGGCCAUGUGUCCAUGCUACCGGAGAACGACCGCUGGAGUGAGACGCGCUCGCAGCUCUUGGCACAGAUGGAUGUCAGCAUGGGUGGCAGGGUAGCUGAGGAGCUCAUAUUUGGGAAUGAGAACAUCACCACCGGCGCAUCAAGUGAUUUUGAUGGGGCUACAAAAAUAGCCAACUUGAUGGUGACCAGAUUUGGAAUGAGUGACAAGCUGGGUGUCAUGACGUACACAGACCUGUCGAAGCAUAGCCCAGAGACGCAAGCUGCUAUUGAACAAGAAGUUCGGAAGUUGCUGAAGGACUCAUAUGACCGCGCCAAGAAUAUCCUGAAGACAUACAGCAAGGAGCACAAGAUCCUGGCUGAUGCCCUUCUGAGAUAUGAGACCUUGGAUGCCAAAGAGAUUCAAAUGGUGCUGGAGGGAAAGGGUCUGGAGGCUAGAUGACAGGCCAACAUGGGGCCAGUAGAGACACUGAACUGCUCUUGUAUGUGUGAAUUUAAAGCUGUACAAAGGAAUAAUGGCUGAACAGCUACUUUUCCUUUCACACCAUGCUGAACAGAGAUGCUCACAGUUCCUUCACCUUUUGCUUUUAUUGUUUCUCCUGAAGAAGUUAUACCCAUCCUGUCUGCACUUGUUCAGUGUUAAAACUUCCCUCUCAAGACCGCUGUAUACUUGCUUCACGGUCGGUAGUCUAAGACGAUUUCCCAGUUAUUUCCUCUUGGGAGCUGAGAUCUGCUCCCUGGUGCUCAUCCCGAUAUUAUUAUGUGAAAUGUUCUCACUCAGACACCCUCUCAUUAGAACAAAACAUUUUGGUAAAGCAAUUGCCCACAGUGUCUCAUUGGCGAGUGCUAUAUUGACCAAUAGUAGAAGUGAUACUUUAAUCAGCCAUAUAGUACACUUAAUAUGCUACGUGUACUUGAGGCUUCAUGAUAGAUCCAAUUGCACUUGUUGCAUUAUUAUACUUUGUAUAUUUGCUUAUAUAAUUUAAACUGUCAAUAGGAAGCAUCUUGUGUCUCAUUUCAGCUAUCAUUGGCAUAUUAGCUGUGCAUUGACUGUUUCUUUUUUUCCCCACUAUGAAUGAUUUUUAGACUGCCAUUUAAGAGGUUCAGCAUGGCUGCACUUUGUGUCCUUAAAAAUGGAAAAGAUUGUUGAAUAUGGAUAUUCAUGCUGUGGUAGAAUGCUUAAAGCAUUUUUCAUCUGUAUGGAAAAUUUUUAUAGUAGAGAUACAAAAAUUACAUUUAAAAGAACUGACUGACUUUCAAAUAUGGAGAUAUGACUUUGUAGUUCAUAUGGAAUGUAUCCAUACAUCCAUUUUCAGUGACAGCUUGUUGAAUGCAGGCUCUUGGUGUUCCGAAGCCUACUCCACAAGCAUAGGGUGUGACGGUUUAAUUUGUUCAUUCUAGUCAUGUAAAUUCCUUUAAACUUUCAGUCAAAAAAUGUCAUUCAGCUGCUUUAAAUCAUCAUCAUGGACAUUAUGAAGUAUUUUCUUCAGUAGGACCAUACUUGCACCAGUUGUAAUUUAUUCAUGUACUUUAUCUUUCUUUAGUCUUUCUUUGUCCUGUGUGUGUUAUAUGUGGGCAGUGUAAGGGGAACCUUGUACAUAGGUGUAUUGUGAUGGCUGGUUUGUGAAGUGGAUUUUAAAUUUGUCCUUUCGGAUUCCUCAGAUGGCCUUUUUUGAGAAGCUAAUAAAUGAAGC